GGAAUUUAUUGGCUGGCCAAAAGGCCAGCGUAAACAAACUUGGAAGAGAGGGUGAAAUCAUCUUAUGGAAUUCAUCAGGUGAACAAUAUGCAAUUUUAAUGGCUCGAGAAAUAGAAAUAUACAGCACUUCAAGAUUUCAAAGUGGCAAUUCUCGUUUUCUUUGUAUGCAAUAUUAUGAACAUGAGCAUCUGGGUGACUUGCUGAUUGUAGGAAGCGAAGAUAAGGCCAUAAGGGUAUAUGAAGUUAAGAGCGGUAAUUGUUUGAUAACGUUAUUGGGACAUAAAAAUAGGACAUAUCAAUUAUUCAAUCAAUACCGCCAAAUAAUAGUGCGCCUUUUACAUUAUUAUCAUCCAUCUCUUCUGAUGGUGUCAUUAACGUAUGGAACCUUAAUAAAGUGUUACCACACAAUUACAAAGAAGGGAAUAAUCCGAUUUUCAAUUUACCGUUGGCAACAUAUGAUACAAAAAGUAGGUUAACUUGUGUUGUAUUAUCUCAAAAAUUUGAUGCUCAAGAUCUAGAAGAAAGAGCUAGUCAGCAAGAU